GUUUUACCAAAGUUGACAUACACAUUGUUGAAAAACACUUGGCUUCUCUCACUUCUCGGUGACAGGGCGACACCUUUAAAACACAACCAGCAAAUGUCAAUGCGAUCUGAUGUACACUUUCAAAAUACAAGUCUAUUAAAGGAGGAGGUUUUUACUUUUUUCCCCUAAGUUGCCGUGCUUAUUGCUGAAAAACUCUCUGUUUCCAGCGACUUUUCCCACUUCUGGGUGACAGAGGAACACCUCUAGGACACAACCAAAAAAUAAAGACAUCUUAUUUUAAUAGGCUUUUAUUUUGAAAUUAUACAUCAGAUGUGGUUGACAUUUGCUGGUUUUGUUCUAGAGGUGUCCCUCUGCCACCGAGAAGUGAGAGAAGUCGCUGGAAACAGAGAGUUUUUCAGCAUUGCUCAAUGUCCCCAUUAUUUCUUUUUGCAACUGCAUAAAUACAAAGUCUAAAUUUGGAGCCUUUGGAAAUCUCCUUGCAGUAGAUCAAACAUGAACUGGAUGUGAGCUUUCAACUGAAAGGAGCUUGUAAAUUAGGGUGCUGUAACGUCUUAUGCCGUGGCGCAUGUGAAAAUCGAGUGUGGGCUGGUUUUACUGUCAUUUUCGAAGAGGCGGCCAGCUUUACCGCAGUCUGACACGACGUCCCCAUUGCUUCCCUGUUGUUGAACUGUAAUGUCUGCCUUGCUCUUUCUCACGGUCAUGCUGAGACUGUAAGGAGGGUUACAAAGCUAUGAAUUGGCAUUGAAUUGCUGUGACCAACAAUUGUAUGGCAGACUGGAAAAUUAAAGAGCUAUACAGUCUUAAUUCUCAUUUCUUUUAAGCUAUAUUAUUGCCUAUUUUAAAAGUAAACGGAGAUUUGUACCUAAAUAAUUGUCCAUUUUACAGGAUGAAGUGUUUUGGCAUUUUUAUCCUUUGGUGGCCGACGUUGUUUAUUGCAUUCCAUGUCACGGGACGUAUACCUUCAUCAUUAGCAACCAACAUCACUAUAAACCAAAGUCAGAUUGUAGCAUGUAAUAAUGGUCUACAUCAUAAUCAAACAAAAAGAACAACAACUGCGACACCUCUGAAGACGACAAAAACCUCAUCAGUAGACAAAACUACAAAGCCUACUACAUCUUCGUCAACAACAGUGACACCCCUGACGACGACAGAAGUAACACUUCAAACCACGUUAGGAACAACAACUGCGACACCUCUGAAGACGACAAAAACCUCAUCAGUAGACAAAACUACAAAGCCUACUACAUCUUCGUCAACAACAGUGACACCCCUGACGACGACAGAAGUAACACUUCAAACCACGUUAGAGACACCUACGGUACCUUUGGGAACAAGUUUGUCACCACUGACAACAACGGAAUUAGCAAGUCAAACUAUGUCAGCAACAACAACUGCGACACCUCUGAAGACGACAAAAACCUCAUCAGGAACUGCGGAUGCCAAAAAGGCUAUAGAAGACUUAUCCUUAGACUUAAAGAACAAAGACUAUGAUUAUAACGACAUUGUUAGAAACAUUGAGAAUCUAGAACAAACCCUAGAAAAAACGGACGUGAAUGAAACUACAUACCUAUCAAGUGACGUUGUCGACAUCCUCCUAUAUAAAAACACAGAUGAUUUCAAAGGUCUUGAAAUUCAAGCAAAUAACACAGAGGCCAGGGUAAAUGCCUCUGUGUUGAACAUUAAAGUGAAGAUUCGCAUACCGACAGAGUUCAACCUUCAGAAGAAUGAUAAAGUUGUUUUCUCCAUGAUUACAUUGCCAAAUAAUAUUGAUGAACUGCUUACAUCUGAUGGCUCUUUUCGACAUACUUUCACAACAAAUCAUUCACUGUAUGAGAAUCUGCUGGUUGGCCUGAGUGUGGCUGGCAAGAAAAUUUCCGGCCUUCGAGAUCGAGUCAACAUCAGCAUACAUCUCACAACUAGCCUGAUGAAAUCCCAAACACUCAAAUGUGCGUUCCUAUAUACUACAAGCAAUUCAACAGACUUCAGCAGUAAUGGAUGUCAGACAUUCUGGGGCAAUAAUCAGCAAUACAUCACUUGUUCCUGUGACCAUCUCACAUACUUUGCUGUACUCAUGGUGCCUGCAGACCUCUCACAAAAAGACGCUGAGAUCUUGUUCUACAUCACCUACAUCGGCUGUAGUAUCUCUCUGUUUGCUCUGGUCGUCACUGUUGUUCUCUUCAUCACAACCAGGAAACUCAGAGCAGACGAUUCCAAAAAGAUCCACAUCAGCCUGGCAGUCGCUCUGAUCCUCCUCAACGUUCACUUCCUCUCCAGCCAGGCGGCGGCAGCGUCGUCCUCCACUGAGCUUUGUCUCUAUGUGGCUCUUCUUCUUCACUACUCCCUGCUGGCCUCUUUCACCUGGAUGGCCUUGGAGGGCUUCCACCUCUACCUUGUCUUGGUCAAAGUCUUCAACAUCUAUAUGAGGCGAUACCUGCUGAAACUCAGCGUGGUGGGAUGGGGUCUUCCAGCGGUCAUUGUGUCAGUGGUGGUGAUCGUCAACAAAGACAUAUAUGGUCGUACCUCUCUGGACCUGUCCAACCCAAGCGGAACAGCAUUAUGCUACAUAACUGAAGACAAAGUGAAGAUGGGGACCACAGUUGGACUGUUCAGUUUGAUGUUCCUGUUCAAUCUGAUAAUGUUUGGAAUCACAGUGAAAUGGUUUGUGGGCUCCCACGAUAGCAAAGAGCGCAAAUGGAGCGGCCUCAAAAACACCAAGCGAGAAAUUGUCACCCUGCUGUUGCUUCUGGUCCUGCUGGGCCUCACCUGGGGAGUGAUCUUCUUCUCGUUUGGUGACCUGACCACUCCUGCGCUCUACGCCUUCUGCAUGCUGAACCCUCUGCAAGGUUUCUUCAUCUUCAUUUAUUUUGUGCUGUCUUUAAAGAAGACCAAAGACACAAGCUCUGAAACACAUACCACUCAAACCUGAAGUCAACCAACUGUCUGGAUGAUUUAUUUAUUAUUGUGAUAUGAUCAGUUGAAUAAUGUGUAUUUUACAAAGUUAAUUUAAAGUUACUUAUUUCUUCAUCCUUGGUGCAGCCUGCUUUUAUGCCUUCUAUCCCCUUUUAAAGUUAUUUUGUAGAUUGAGACAGAAAAUACAGCAUAAGGAAGAGAUUCAUAUUGCACUGAAUGAUUUUCUAGUUCAGUAAGCUUACUGUGAACGUGUUCUUAGAUUGUCAAAUAUAUUAGCGACACAUUUACCUUUGUGCUGUGACUCAGAUUAAACUGAAUUCUUUCUGGCCUUUUUAUUCAUAUUCUCUGAUGGCCAAACCCCUGACCACACCUGGUGACCCUCCCCCUAAUCCUUUGUUGUUGUUGUUGUUUUUUUUUUACAUUUAUAGCAUUCAUUAUUGCAAAUACAAUAAUGCUCUUUAAUUUGGAACGAAUUGUUUUUACACUUGUUCUAAUUUUCAGCGUGCUCAUUUAGUUCACAGUCAUUUUCAAUAAAUUAGAAUACGGAUCCCAAAAAGAAAACAACAACCAUAAAGCAGCUAUUAAACAUACUUUUCAUUACGCUCACAUUUCUGUAUUUAAAAAGUUUUUUUUUUUUUAAUCUAAUGUAAUGUUCUAAUUUUAAAUGUCAUAUUUACAACAGCUGCAAGUAGGAAAUCAUCGUAAUUAACAGAAAUAAAGUCUUUCAAACAUCCAUGUUUGCAAAUAAUCUAUAUGAUGAGUUCAACUUGGUGAGAAAGUUCAUAAAAUAAAUGGGAUUUUCAAUAAUUUUCUAAUUUAUUGAGUUGGACUGUAUUAUAUAUAUUUUUAACUGACUUAUUUCUCAUCUUCAGUUUAUGAUUAUGACUCAUUUUUAUAUCUGUCAUCAGUAGUUUGUUUAGUCAAAUGACCAGGAUCUAAAUACCUGGAGGUGAUAAUUGCUCUGCACCACUUCUGUACAGGCGGAUCUUGUAUUUUAUACAGUUACUCUAGCAUUUGGUAUUUAGCUCAGUGUUUGUAUUUAAAGUUUAAUAUUGUUUUCCUUUUUAAUGUGUUUAGUUUACCAAUAAAUGUGCCUGUACCGUGUUCCUUUUUUUAUUUAGUAAUUGUGUCAUGCUUAGCUAACAUUAGUGUGAUAUAAUGGUCUGAUCAGCUAUUAUAUAUACCCUUGUCAGUUAUGUUUUAUUUUGCAGUCAAAAUGCCCUUUUACCUCACCAUUCAGUUUUUGUAAAUAGAAUUUUCUGGUUUUAGAUUAAAAAAAACAAACAAAACAUAUUUAUAAUAAUUCCUGCGACUCCUCCUGCUUGUUUACUCCAUUACAUUUUCCAAUUUUAAGUUUCUGGUUUUUGUGUUUGAACACAGUAUGUGAUUCUUGUUCUUUAAUUAAUAGUUUUGAAUAAAUAUGAAUGAUUACACUA